AUGGCUAAGGGUAUCUCAAAGCGUUCUAGAGCUGCAAGAAGAAAUGAAGUUGCCGAACCUGAGGCGAGAGCAUUGGAAAAGCUACCCAGAGCAGAGAAAACUGACAUAACCGGUGCCCUCAUCAGAACUGCAUCAAAGAAUGAAGCGCUGCUGACGGCCAAGAUCAACAAAAGAAGAACUAAGGGUAAGAGCGUUGGCAAGAAACAACUUACAACGAUGUCGCCGCUCACUUCUUUGAACAAAGAGAGGUUCGAGAAAGGCUUAAACUUCAGCAGUAGAUUAAACGGAAAGAUAGAGAAGGCUGUGUCACGUGCAAAAUAUGUACAAUCAGCAAGAAAAGCUGGAUGGGAUAGUACAAAUAAUUCCAUUAGAAAAGAGUUGGCUGUGAUGCACAACAGCGAGAGGCUAGGAUUAGAACACAAUUCUAGUACGAUUGAUAUUGAUGUAGAGCAGGAAGACCUUGAAAAGGACGCCAGUGACGUAGUAGUGGAGUCAUCUAAUGCAUUUAAUACUCUUGCAAAUGACGUCGAAGCAUAG